AUGGAACAGUUGACGUCUUACACUCCGUAUGUGUCGAAAAGUGCCGGCUCUUCGAAGCAAGUCCAGGCCGCCACAACGGAGUUCGAGAUCCUCAAGAACUCCCAUCAGUUCCUCAGAGACGAUGGCGAAGGGGACGAAAGGAAGAUGUCGUGGGACGACAGGAUGGCCAAGAAAUACUACUCGUCGCUCUAUCGGGAGUACGCCGUCUGCGACCUCAAGCACUACAAGUCUGGCAACUUCGCUCUGAGAUGGAGAACAGAGGAAGAAGUCCUCUCUGGCGCUGGAGAGACGUCUUGCGGCAACACCCGUUGUCCGCUGCACAAGGAGUCUCCGGACGAGGAUGACGUACGCCCCGGGCUGACGACGCUCGAGCUCCCGUUUGCGUACGAAGAGCGCGGUGAGAGCAAGUUCGCGCUCGUCAAGGUCGUCCUCUGCACGAGGUGCUGCAAGAAGCUCAUGUGGAAGCGCAACAAAGACAAGGCCGCGCAGCAGCACGUGGAAGGUCCGGCCGGCGAGCAUCAGACCCUGGACAACCUUGGGCUGAAACGCGGUGGCACGGACGCUGGACCUGCAUCACGCAAGGAUGCCAGAGGGACCCGCAGGGAGCCCUCGCCACGACAAGAAAGGCCUGCCGUUCGGGACGACGAUCGCAGCGGACGCCAUGGCCUGGGCCGCACUCGGAAGCGCGACUCCCGCUCCCACUCUCCCCGGCUGCGCACGCAGGAGCGCCGUCGGUCCCCGUAG